GGCCGAAUGCUUAGCCAAAAGCAGGCUGCCAUUCGUCGUUAGAUGCCUCUGGUUAUACGUGUGUGUGGAUCUAAAUAUCAUCAGCGGCGUGAAAGUGGUCUAGCAUUGUUGGGUGGUUGAAACAACAAUCUACCUCUGGAUCUGAGGCAGUUCUUAUUCAAAGUUUCGUCAUGGGUUUAUGGUUCCGCAGCGAGCCGAUGGCCAUGUGUCAAGUAAUUCUUCAAGCGGAUACGACUUACCAGUGCAUUGCUGAACUAGGAAAAUUAGGCGUGGCCCAGUUUGUCGACUUGAACGCCAAGGUGAAUACAUUUCAAAGGAAAUUUGUCAACGAUGUCAGGCGAUGUGACGAAAUGCAACGUGUUCUGCGCUUCGUCGAAGAGGAGAUCAAAAAGGAAGGCAUCCAGGUUCUUCCAGAAGACUCGAUAGUGGAUACACCACUACCCAAAGACAUGAUCGACAUGGAGGUGCUGUACCAGAAAAUGGAAGCAGAACUCAGUCAGGUAACUGGGAACAUUGCCGAAAUGAACCAGAUUUACGUUCAGCUUGUGGAGUGCAAACAGGUCCUUUGCUGUGUUGAUGAGUUCUUCGAGACGCGUCAAGAGACUGAGAUAUACCCCAAGUCCAGCCAUAUGAAUAGCGCGCUUAAAUUGUCUGCCAAAGAAGAAGAGCUGGAGGAUUUGAUGUCGACCGCUACCGCUUGGGAUCGGCCAUCGACUGUAUCACGGAAGUCGCUUGCAAGCUUAUACGAAUUCGAGCAACCGCCGGGUAUUACUCAAAGGGAUCAAGACUCACUUGGUUUCACGGCAGGCAUAAUUUCAAUAGAGCGCUUUCAGUCAUUUGAACGCAUGAUGUGGCGUGUGGGUCGUGGGAAUAUCUUUGUCCGCCAGAUGUUUAUCGACGGUUCUAUCACCGAUAUGCAUGGCGAGGCAACGCGCAAAUGUGUCAUUCUUAUAUUUUUCUCCGGAGAACAGCUCAGACAGCGCGUACGUAAGAUUUGUGAGGCAUUCCGGGUUAACAUUUACCCAUGUCCGGUUUCCAACGAAGAGCGCCGCGAAACCACCAUUGGAGUUCUACAACGGCUGGAAGAUAUGCGGAAGGUCUUCAACGGCUCCCAGGAUCAUCGUAUGAGGAUUCUGGCAGGUGCUGCACGCAGUAUCCGUACGUGGAAGAUGCAACUCAUUAAAAUGAAAUCAGUAUUCCACAUCAUGAAUCAAUUGAAUAUGGACGUCACUCAGAAGUGUCUUAUUGCCGAAUGCUGGAUUCCUGAUCGCGAUGUAGCAAAGGUACAAGCUGCCCUGCGACGUGGAACGGAAGCGGCUGGAAGCAGCUUCCCGUGUAUCAUUAACCGGUUGGAAACGGACCAAGCUCCACCGACGUUCUACAGAACGAACUCGUUUACUGCUGGCUUUCAAAAUAUUGUAGACGCGUACGACGUAGGAAACUAUCAGGAGGUGAAUCCAGCACCAUAUGCAAUCGUCACGUUCCCAUUCUUGUUUGCGGUAAUGUUUGGCGAUGCCGGCCACGGCCUGUUAAUGACACUAUUCGCCUGUGCCCUCCUCGUCUACGAAAAACCGCUGAGCCGUGUUAGAGAAGAGAUCACUUCGAUGGUGUUCGAGGGCCGUUAUUUAAUUCUACUGAUGGGCCUGUUUUCAAUCUAUACAGGUCUUAUUUACAAUGACACGUUUUCGAAAUCUAUGAAUGUUUUUGGAUCAACAUGGCAUGUUGAACCACGGCCUUUCGAGGAAGGCAAUCGCGAUCCAAUCGGUCUUCGACCAGAGUACUCGAAUGAGUUUCAGAACAGAUCGUAUCCGUUCGGCAUUGAUCCAAUUUGGAUGAUUUCAUCAAAUAAGAUCCAAUUUACGAAUUCAUAUAAGAUGAAAAUGGCCAUCAUCCUCGGCAUCAUGCACAUGACCUUUGGUGUUAUACUCGGUUUAUGGAAUCACACCUUUUUCAAAGACCGAACCGGUUUUCCUCCUCCGCGUACCGUUUUCGAACGGAGUCUUCGGCGCAACCUCGAAGUUUGGGCAGUAUUCAUUCCAGAAAUAAUUUUUCUAGUAAGUUUGUUUGGCUAUCUCGUUUUCAUGAUAUUUUUCAAAUGGCUUCUUCCAUUUGGCGCGGGAGGUGGUGAAGGGCCCAAUUGCUCCCGUAGCAUACUCAUUAUGUUCAUAAACAUGAUCAUGAGAGGGGGUUCGGUUGGCGUCCCAGAAAAAAACGUUAAGUGUUACCAGAAGCCUAUGUAUGAAGGCCAAGAGGAAGUACAGAAAGUAAUACUUUUAGUAGCCGUUGCGGCCGUCCCGUGGCUUCUAAUGGCAAAGCCACUUUAUUUAUUCUACCUGAACUGGGUGCACUCCCAACCUUUAUCCCCUGAUUUCGUGACAAUCAAUUACGAGGAACAACUAAUGGUCCAGGAUGAGAUGGAGCCCAAAAGCGAGCCAUCGCCUUCAACGCGUCACCGCAAGAAAUCCGCGGUGUCGCUGCAUAUUUUAAAAAGGAAGGAAUCCGAAGAAUAUUCGGAACAGCAAGACCUCACGAACAAUCUCGCCGAGCUCGCCUUUCAAUUCGAUUUGAGCGAGGUCGUCAUUCAUCAGAUCAUCCACACGAUCGAGUAUUGUCUUGGAGCGGUGUCCAACACCGCAUCGUAUUUGCGCCUCUGGGCAUUAUCCCUAGCUCACGCACAGUUAUCUGAGGUGUUGUGGAGCAUGAUUCUUGCAGGAGCACUUUUUGUCCAGGACAAUCCUGAGGAUGUCGGGAAACACGCAGUUUCUUCGAUUCAACUCUACGGCAGUUGGGCUGGAUGGGCUAUUUUGACAGUUAGUAUCUUGCUUCUCAUGGAAGGUCUAUCAGCUUUCCUUCAUGCCCUUCGACUUCAUUGGGUUGAAUUCAUGAACAAGUUCUUUAAAGGUGAAGGCUACGCCUUCGCGCCGUUUGACUUUGCGCAAAUCAUCAGAGACACCAGCACCGAGGCCUAGUUGUAUUUUGGUGCUUUGGGAAUUCAAGGCAAACAAUAAAUAGAAAGCCCAAGUUCGUGGAUAUUAAAAUGAACACACAGGCAGUGUGUUGAGCUUUCGAAAACCACAUAUAUAUAUAUAUAUAUAUAUAUAGUGGUAGAAAAAUGAGCUGCGCAAGUAAGCUGGGAAUGUAAUAAAAGUGGGGUGCAUUGAGCGACGAACAGUUAUUAGCUUACCCCGGCCUGAGUGGGUUGUGCUACUACAUUAGAAAAAAUCCGACCCAAAGGUGUUUUUAUUAGGCAAGUUAAUAAUUACUAGAAAAUUUGUAAAACAGAAUUGUUCUAAUGAUUUUCUUUCAGACAAUUUCGUAUUAAGAUAUGAUUAAGGCAUGAUAUGAAAUCGUCGAUCGCUUUUCCUUUUUCAAUAAGUAACAAGCAACGUUAAGUGAGCCGAACAGACGGAGCUGUGUUUAAGGAAUAGAAAUGUUCGUACGCAGUAUACAUUUAUAGAUCCGAUACGUUCUUGAAAAACUACUUACGUUGGCAAAUUAUUAAAAUUAAUAAAAACUGUACAAGUGAGAAGAUUUUAUGCUGAAAAAAGCUACUUGUGAGAAGAACCUCUAUAAACAAACUAAACUUAAACGUACAUUUAUCUAACCGUAUACAACAUGUUCACAGUUAACCUGCGAAGAUACUGCCAAGGGGUAUCAGUGAGCCAAUUGAAACAAGGUCACGUAGAAAAAUAGGACAAGGUAGGGUUGACUCUCGAGGCAGUGUUAUACUCCAUUGUUGAGAUAAGGGGAGAGGCGCAGCGCUGGCUCAACGAUUAGCAUAUAUGCUUGUAUGACUGUAGCAGACAUUUUCCUCUAAUCAAUUCCACUCCACUUUUAAUUACAGAUAAUAUGUUUUAGCUAAAAUUUUCUCAAAUAAAUGACACAAAACAAUCUUGAAGUAUUUAUUGGUUUGAAAUUCCAAAUAAGAUUAAAAAAAAAUAGCCGUUGUUCUGCUUACUAAAAUAAUCGGGAUGAUGCAGAAGGACAGCGGUCCUAUUUAAGGUUCUGACUAGGCUCUCAUGCAAGGUCUACAGAAUUUGCUGACAAAAAUUUCACGAGUCGCCUGUGACAGUAAUCGCUUGGUGGCUUAUCUAUAGAAUGAAUUAAGCAGAGUAGCCAGUAAUUAAUAGAUAAAUAGUUUCCUGGACAGUUUCUUAGCUGGACAGAUGAUAUUUGGCAUGUAUAAAUAAAAAGCUAUUUUCGUGUAUCUCAUUGCCAGUUAUUAGAAUUUUUUCCUUGACAAAUGUAUAACUAUGUCUGAAUAG